AUGGCGAGCAUCUGUACGGGCGAUGAGGAAGGGGAGGAGCAGGCGUCCGGCCGCACGCUCGGACUCUGCGUCUCGACGUCCGGCCGGCUGGUGGCAGCACUGAACGACCGCAAGGCGGCGUGCGUAUGGCGCGCCGCAGAUGGCGCCACAGUCGGCUGCUGGCGGACGGCGCGCAAGGCCAGCUGUUUGACGUUCGCGCCGGACGAGGAGGCUCUGCUCGUGGCAGAUAAGUCCGGGGACGUCUACAAGUGCCAGCUGAGUUCUGCCAGUACGAAGCCUCAGCUGAUCCUAGGCCACAUCUCGAUGGUCCUGGAUAUGUGUGUGACGGCCGACGGCCGCCACCUGGUGACCUGUGACCGGGACGAGAAGAUCCGCCUCACCUGCUACCCCAACACGUGGACCAUCGACGCCUACUGCCUGGGCCACAGCGAGUUCGUGGCGGCGCUCUGCCUGACCUCCUCCGGUCUUCUCGUCUCCGGCGGAGGGGUGAUGAUGACGCUGUUUGAGGUGAUGGCGGGUCUGUAUGAGGUGGUGAUGAGGCUGUUUGAGGUGAUGGCGGGUCUGUAUGAGGUGGUGAUGAGGCUGUAUGAGGUGAUGGUGGGCCUGUAUGAGGUGGUGAUGAGGCUUGUGGGAGCGCGGCUGGCCGGCUGA